CUGGUGCUUUAGUUAGUUGUGUAUAAAGCAAAUUUCUGCUUCAAUAAUAUACAUACCACUGUUUAUCAAAAUUGGAAGUUGUAUUCGUUGGAUGUGAUAUGUGAAUGCUUUAAAAACCUACAAUUACGAAGAACAGGGCACUAGCAGCUUCAAUAGAAAGCUAAUCGUGAAAAAAGGCGGAGAGUAAAUGCUAAAUAGAUCUUAUUGAUGAUCGUUUGUAAGCUUACAAACAAGUUGAGCAUAGAGGCGUUGAUGAAAGUGGUAUCAACAGUUGAGUUAACAUCAAUAGUGUAAGUGAGCGAUAGAGUGUAGCUGGGUAAGAAUCUGAUGAUCCCCUUUUAUUAGAGGACCAAUAGCUAGGGAUUGAAAACGAUCCUUGAUCAGUAGGAAACGGCCUCUUGAUUUGUGGGAGAUGAUUGCAAGAAUCUCGGAAUCCAUUGAGAAGCAUGGAGCAGUAGCGGACUAGCAAUUAUGCUGGAGUUAAUUGGAAGUGGAAGAUGUGGAGCAGACAGGUAUAAUUAGGCGGGAUGUGCCUGAUCAAUUGUAGGCACGCUAGUCAGGCCUUCCCGGACAUUGUCUGUCUUCUGAUUUGCACAUGCUGAGAUGACUCAUCCUACCUCAGGAGCAGGACCAAAAUUUACUGCUGCAAUGAUCAACCUAUGACCUAUCAUGUUGGUGUGGUGAGGAAAUCAGCUACCAAUGCUUUGCGCUGUGUUGAAAAGUGGAUGGCCCCUCAAAAGGCCCCAAUACCAUUAGUUCUCUUUCCUGCAAGAGGAGCAGUAGUAUCAGAGCCACUGGGAGUAGUGCUAAUAUUUGUGUCCUGGAAUUUUCCCAUCUCCCUAGCUUUAGACCCAGUGAUUGGAGCAAUUUCAGCUGGAAACACAAUUGUCCUUAAACCUUCUGAGCUAGCACCAAAAUGCUCCUCCGUUCUGGCCAAUACAAUACCUCGUUACUUGGAUCCAGAAGCUAUUAAAGUUGUUGAAGGUGGACAUGAUGUAUCAGAACAACUACUGCAGCUAAAAUGGGAUAAGAUAUUUUUUACAGGUAGUCCACGAGUUGGCCGCCUCAUAAUGUCAGCAGCUGCAAAGCACUUAACACCUGUAACUCUUGAGCUGGGUGGAAAAUGUCCUACCAUCUUGGACACGCUAUCUAAUUUCUCUGAUUUACAGGUGGCUGUCAAGAGGAUAGUGGGGGGCAAGUGGGGACCAUGCAAUGGACAAGCAUGCAUUGGAAUCGAUUAUGUGCUCGUGGAAACAAAAUUUGCUCCAGUUCUGAUUGAACUAUUGGAGAAAUCCAUCAAGACAUUUUAUGGUGAGAACUUGAAAACUUUGGCAAAUCUUGCCAGAAUAGUGAACAAGCACCACUUUGAUAGAGUACACAAUCUUCUGAAAGACCCAAAAGUUGCAGCAUCUGUUGUUUAUGGAGGCUCAGUAGAUGAGGAAAAUAUGGCCAUUGAACCAACAAUCUUGUUGAAUCCUCCCCUUGAUGCUGAUAUCAUGAACGAAGAAAUAUUCGGCCCAUUGCUUCCAAUCAUCACACUAAAGAAUAUCGAAGAAAGCAUUCAGUUCAUAAACUCAAGGCCAAAACCUCUUGCAAUAUAUGCAUUUACCAAGAAUGAUUCGUUGAAGGAGAAAAUCUUGCAGGAAACGUCUUCCGGAAGUCUGACUUUUAAUGAUGCUAUGAUUCAGUUUUUAUGUGACACAUUACCAUUUGGAGGCGUUGGUCAGAGUGGUUACGGACGUUACCAUGGGAAGUUCUCUUUUGACACAUUCAGUCAUGAAAAAGCAGUUCUACAUAGGAGCUUCUUAGUUGAGUUGGAAUCAAGGUAUCCGCCAUGGAAUGAUUUCAAGAUGGAGUUUGUUAGAUUGGCUUACAACUAUGACUAUCUUGGGAUUAUACUGCUCUUGCUGGGGUUGAGAGGACUAAUCAGAACAAACCGAAGGCGGUAGAAGAUAAAACUCUUCUCACUUAAAUAAGGUUAAUCCGUCAUACGAAAGUGUCUACAAAACUGUUUGCUCAGUGAGAGAGCAAAAACUAUUUGAGGAAUAUUAUGUAUAUUAUUAUUUAUCAAUUGAGGUAGUCUUCUCUGUUUCUACUUGCUAUGUUAUAAAUCAAUAUUCAUAAAAAUUACUAUUGUUCUAUAUAAAUGAAUAA